AUCAGAGAGAAGCCAAUUCACACAUACAUUUUUCUUUAUAAAGAACAGUCUGUGUGUUAAUAAUUCUCAUCUCCUGUCCGGACAUAGACACAAAAGAUGGAAGCUGCAAGAAGAAGAGGCAGAGAGAGCAACAAAAGUCCAGAGAGGCUAAUAAGGUCUUUAAAUCUUCAGCAAGAUGAUGAAGAAGAGGAGGCCAAGACAAAGAGACCAAUCUUCAGAAGAGUCCAAGUCGUUUAUUAUCUCACUAGAAAUGGCCACCUCGAACACCCUCACUUCAUCGAAGUCAUUACUCCGGUUAACCAGCAUCUCCGGUUAAGAGAUGUGAUGAACAGGCUUACUGUUUUGAGAGGGAAGAACAUGCCAUCACUAUACGCUUGGUCAUGCAAAAGGAGCUAUAGAAAUGGAUUCGUGUGGAAUGAUUUAGCUGAAAACGAUGUGAUUUAUCCGUCGAACUGUGGUGAGUAUGUGUUGAAAGGGUCUGAGAUCUCCGAGAAUGUUGAAGAGACACAUGUGAAGAGAACACUGUCUGGUCCAAAUCAAGAAGCGCCAAAAAGUCGACUUCUCAGGUUAAAACCAAAACUUCAAAACAGAACGACGUCGUUCGACGACUCAGAGCUCUACGUCGGAGAAGAUGAAGAAGAAGAAGACGGAGAGUACGGACUUUCCGAAGAGAAAACCAGCUACACAUCCUCCACAACGCCGCAGUCUCGCUGCUCUCGUGGAAUCUACACGGAGACAAUCGAAUUCACCGAGAAAAAAUCUAACUUGGUCAAGACGGAGGAGAGCCUGCCGGUCCGGUCUGACUCGUCCGAGUUGACUCGUUCCGCCGAGCGGGUCGAGGACGGUGACCCGGUGUGUCCCGGAUCGGUUCGCGGGUCGAUUUGGCUCCAGAUGAUCUCGUGCGGGCACAUAGCCAAGCACUACGCUCCGAGUCUGAUGAACUCGAGACCAAAGGAAGAGAGUCUUCGAAAAGGUGUCAUGUGCAAGAACGUUGUGAAGAAGGCUGUCGUGGAAGACGAACGUGAGAUGAUAAGGUUCAUGUCGGAGAAUCCGAGGUUCGGGAAUCCUCAGGCGGAGGAGAAAGAGUAUUUCAGCGGCAGCAUCGUUGAGUCAGUGAGUCAUGAACGAGUCACGGCACAACCCACGUUGAGACGAUCCAACUCGUUCAACGAGGAAAGAUCAAAGGUUGUGGAUAUGGCUAAGGAGGUGAAGGAUCAAGAGGAAAAGGAAAAGAAGAAAGAUCGAACGUGAAGGUGAGAUGUAUACCGAGGAGGAAGAGCUCAUCGUGCUUAAUGUCUUCAUCGAAGCAAACCAAGAAUUGAAAACUAUUUUAGCAUAAAGUAACGAAUGAUGAUUAGAAUAACACAGUAUUUAAUGCUACAGGUGGUAUGAGUAAUGAACUAGAUGUUGCUGUUUUUAUUAUCGGGAAUAUAUUUCCCCACUUUAUCAUUUCUAUUCUAUUUUAUCUUCUCGCGUUCUAAAGUUGAAUGUUCUGUAACCAUUAAAAACUAAUAAAAUUUUAACAAUUUAAAAAGGAUAA